AUGGCCCUCCCAGUCAGUAGCCCCUCCCCAAAGCUUGAACGCUUCGAACAAGCAAUGUCCUCCGUCUACGGAAACUUCAGCACCAUCGAAGAACCCUCCACCUGGAGCCCACCUCCACGCUCAGGCGGGCAUCGCGGGCGGUACCUUUGGACCGAUGCCUUCGGCGUCCUAAAUCUACUCACCAUGCACAAAGAAUACAGCCAGGCCGGCGGAGCGUCAGUCAACGACGACAGAUACCUCUCCAUGGCAGCACGGCUAAUCGAAACCGUGCACAACAUCCUAGGCCGUACACGCGACGGAGCAUCUCGACUGCCCGGCGCAACAAACGACAAUCCCUUAGGCGGAGGGUUGCGAAUCGGCAAAACAGACGAGCACGGCUCAGACUGCGACGGGCAAUACCACCACUACCUAACGAUCUGGAUGUUCGCGCUAAACCGAAUGUCCAGGGCCUCCGGAGAUAUCAGCUAUAACAGGAUGGCGGUGGACCUUGCGCGGGCGAUUCAUCCCAAAUUCUUUGUUGAGCGGGAGAGUUCCAAACCGCGGAUGAUCUGGAAGAUGAGUACUGAUCUUUCUGCGCCGCUUGUUUCGUCGGAGGGGAAUUUGGAUCCGAUUGAUGGGUUUGUUGUUUUUCGCAUUCUCCAGGCUGCUGCUGUUGAGGCUGGUGAUGGGGCUGUGCUGGCUGAGGAAAUUGACGAUUAUCGGAGGGUUAUGCGGAGGAAAGGGGAGCAUUUUGUUUCUAGUGAUCCACUUGAUCUUGGAAUGACACUUUGGACGGCGCAUUGGUUUUCGUGCAAGGAGAAUUGGGCGGCGAAUUUGGUUGGGAGGUGUUUUGAGCAGUUGUACAAUCUGUUCGAGGUGAAUCGCUACCUCGACCGGAAUAUCAAAUUCCGGCUAGCGUUCCGCGAGUUUGGGACUUGCGUGGGGACACAGUGUCAGGCAGAGAAUAUGACCGAGAAAGACUGGUCUGUUGAUCUCAAGACGUGGUCUGAUGCCAUUGUCGCGGCGUGGGAUCCUUAUAUGGAGCUUACUAUUUCGGAGAAUUUGACGCCAGAUGAUCUCAAGCCGAUUACGCGGGUUAUGUAUGCGUCGGCUUUGAUUCCGGGGCUUUCUGUGCAGGGUAUCUCGGGAAAGAGCCCGAGUCGAUUCCGUUAG